AUGAUUCCCGUUAUCAUAGGAGUAGCAGAUAUCAAGAACAAAACAACGAAGACCGAAGAUGCGAAGGAGCCAUUGCAGUUAAUGAUGCAGGCCAUUGAGGCCGCCGUACAGGAUACUCAACUUUCUAAUAGCGAAAUAUUGAAGCUAAAGUCAAGCAUUGAUAGCUUAAGUGUUGUUAGAACCUGGACCUGGACAUAUGCAGACCUGCCCCAUCUCAUCUCCGAGAAGCUGGCAAUAAGCCCAAACCUUACACAUUAUACCAAUCAUGGUGGUAACCAGCCCGCGAAGCUUUUGGACGAAGAGUCGCUGCGGGUUGCCAGAGGGGAAAGUCGCGUCUCGGUGAUUACGGGUGGAGAGGCCCUGGCGUCAUUAGGAAUGUAUGCAAAGAAGGGAGCAAUGCCCCCUCCUGGUUGGACGCCCCCAGAGACGGAAAUAAAGGGGGUUUUCACUCCGUCUGCAGACCGGUUCGCCAAAGAUGGUCUGGACGGCAUUCACUCUAUUGGCCUACCAAUUCAAGUCUACCCAUUAUACGAAAACGGAUUCCGUGCGCGUCGCGGGCAAUCACUAGCAGAAAACCACAAGGAAUCAGCCUCUCUUUACUCACAGUUUAGCGAAGUGGCCGUUACAAACCCAUACUCCUGGAACUUCCAGGGCAAGGUUGAAACACCCGAGUCAGUCGCACAAGUGACCGCCAAGAACCGGAUGAUUUGUCUACCAUAUCCACUCUUGAUGAACGCUUUUAACUCAGUCAACCUUGCGGCUGCUUGUAUUAUCACCACAGCAGAAUAUGCCGCAGAAUUAGGAGUCCCAACAAGCAAAUGGAUUUAUCCGUUAGGAGGUGCAGGCGCCACUGAUUCUGAGAAGGUAUGGAAUCGACCGAAUUACUUUUCCAGUCCCGCUAUUUCCAAGUCACUCGACAGAUGUUUGGCAUCAUCUGGCCUCACGACAAAUGAUAUUGAUCUUUUUGACUUCUAUUCGUGUUUUCCAAUCGUGCCAAAGCUAGCAAGUGAGCAUUUGGGUCUCUCCAUUUCAAGCCCAUCUAGGCCUAUCACCUUGCUCGGCGGCUUGACCUUUUUCGGUGGCGCUGGUAACAACUAUUCCAUGCAUGCAAUCACGGAAAUGGUGCGUCAACUUCGGGGAAGGCAGAGCCAGAACGGCCUCAUCCUGGCAAAUGGGGGUAUUUUGACCUACCAGCAUGCCAUAUGUCUUUCCUCACGCCCACCAUCCAACGGCAUGGUGUAUCCUAAUGUUCAACCCGCGCAUCAAGUGGCCGUUGAGGUUUCCAUUCCACGCGUCACUUACGUGGCAGAAGGGGAUGCUGUGAUUGAGACGUACACGGUAGAGUUUCACCGAAAUGGGCACCCAGCACGAGGAUACAUUAUUGGUCGGCAGAAAGCAGAUGGUUCUCGAUUUGUCGCUAAUCACGGAAACGAGACAACCUUGAGGAAACUGGCAUCGCUCACAGAGGAACAGAUCGGCAAAGAGGGUUAUGUUGUGCCUGAGUUGAUCAGCGGGGGUAGAAGGAGGAAUCUUUUCUAUUUUUCAGCCAAAGAGUCUAUCUAA